UCACUGGCGUGUUAGUAUCGACCGUUCUCGAGCACUUUACGAGUGUAAGAUUUUCCUUACGCUGCAAUCCAAGAUGGCGGAAAAUAGAGAAAAGAGAGCCGGUUCAGGAACAAGCCAAAUUGAUCUCGUUUUAGUCGAAGGUUUGACUGUGCUGAAAAUUAUUAAGCACUGUGAAGAAGAAGGCUCCACUGGAGAUUUAGUACAGGGAGUACUGCUUGGUUUGAUACAAGACAAUCGCCUGGAGAUUACAAACUGUUUUCCGUUUCCUGCCUCUAAACCAGGAGAAGAGGAGGAUGAAGAUGAAGUCACUUACCAAAUGGAGAUGAUGCGUCGUCUUAGAGCUGUUAACAUUGACCACUUACAUGUUGGUUGGUACCAAAGUACAUACUUAGGAUCAUACAUCAAUAAGACUCUUCUAGAUUCACAGUACAGCUAUCAGAAGUCCAUAGAGGAAUCUGUUGUUUUGAUUUAUGACCCCCUCCGAACAUCUCAAGGAAUGUUAACAAUAAAGGCAUUUCGCUUGUCUAAUGAUAUGAUGAAGAUGUACAAAGAAGGAGAGUUUACACCUGAAAAGUUAUCAAAACUUGGCUUAAGUUUCCAUACAAUGUUUCAAGAAAUCCCACUUGUAGUGAAGAACUCCAGCCUUUGCAAUGUCCUCCUCUCUGAACUUCAAGCUGAAAUUCCUACUUCAGAAACAAAGCAAUUCCUGUCUCUAUCUACUGGUUCCUAUCUUGAAAAGAAUGUCCGCUUGUUAAUGGAGGGUGUUGACGAACUCUGCCAAGAUGCAAAUAAAUAUCAUAACUACCAGAGAAGUGUAUCAAGGCAGCAACAACAGAAAGACAAUUACCUACAAAGACGGCAAACAGAAAAUCAGUCAAGACAGGCCCGUGGGGAGCCUCCAUUACCAGAAGAAGAUAUUAACAAGAUAUUCAAGCCCAUUCCUGUCCCAUCACGUCUUGAUAACCUGAUCCUCUCACAACAAGUUGACAAUUACUGUCAACAUAUCAGCCAGUUUGCGACACAGAGCUUCGGGAAGUUGUUUCUUGCUCAGGCACUUCAAGAAGAACACUAAAAUCAUACGAACAUUGAUCAUUUUAAUGCUCUUAACUUUUGUUUAACUUUUGUUUAUGAGUGAAGAAUAGAAAAAGAGUUCACUGUCAUGCCUUUCUUAUUCUAAGAAAACUACCCUAGGGUCCAGAGAUUAUUUAUCCUCACCCCAGCUUUUGCUGUUCAGACUUUCCAUAACACUCUCAAAGUAGAACCUCUGGAGCCCAGGGUAAAGAAAACAAGCUCUUGAAUUAUUAUUUUAGAGUGAUAGUUUGACAGCUUGCAGAAAUUUGAUUGAGAUUAUAUCCCAAAAAAUGGCACCAAUUUAUGACCGGUUUAUGAAUUUGGUGGUGGUGAAGAGAAAAUCUUAGUCCUACAUGUACCAGCAAAUAAUAAAAAGUGGAAUAUGAUCUUUAGAGAUGAAAGAAAAGAAAAGAAGUAGAUCCAGUAAAGGGUUUUGAAGUUCAACAACAUUAGAGACACUUAUGGUAUGAACAAAAAGUUUCCUUGAAUCUGUAUAAAGCCAAUGUCAAGAAUUCAAACAAGAUUUGAGUAACAGGAUGGCAUUGAGCUUAAUAAUCUUUUUUCUCUGAAAUAUCUGCAAGACUUGUCAAAAGUAAUAAAGAGGGGAAAAGAUUGAAA